AGCCUCACUCCUCCAGUGAAUGAGUUUAAAGCAGGGAUGAAACUGGAGGCUCAGGACCCCAGGAACACCACGUCUACCUGCAUCGCUACAGUCGUGGGUCUGACCGGUUCCCGAUUACGCCUGCGUCUGGAUGGCAGCGACAACAAAAAUGACUUCUGGCGCCUUGUGGACUCCUCAGAAAUCCAGCCGAUAGGAAACUGUGAGAAAAAUGGUGGUAUGCUGCAGCCACCACUGGGUUUUCGUCUGAAUGCAUCCUCGUGGCCCAUGUUCUUACUGAAAACACUUAACGGAGCUGAAAUGGCACCAGCUCGCAUUUUUCACAAGGAGCCCCCAGCCCCGGAGCAGAACUGUUUCCAGGUGGGCAUGAAACUGGAGGCGGUGGACAGGAAGAAUCCUCACUUCAUUUGCCCGGCCACUGUGGGGGCGCUUCGGGGCGUGGAGGUGCUGGUCACCUUCGACGGCUGGAGGGGCGCCUUUGACUACUACUGCCGCUACGAUUCCCGAGACAUCUUCCCCGUGGGCUGGUGUGCACUUACUGGGGAUAACUUACAACCGCCUGGCACCAAAGUUGGGUUACCGAGGACAUUAGGUACACUUCCAGACGGAAGCGUGGAGGGGACACCCAUGUCCCCUACGCCAGGCAGACCCCCCGGGCAGAGGGGGCGUAAGCCAGGCCGCAGGAAAAGCAAGCUGACCGGGCCCUGGGCUCAGAAAGGCGCCGCAGUAGCAUCCCAGGCUGGCCAACCGGGGAAGGCACUGGAAGCCAUCAAAAUCCCCAAGAAGAGAGGACCCAAACCAGGCAGCAAGCUGGGCUGGGCGAAAAGAGCAGCGUGGCUGGAGGGAGGAGUGGCGGGUCCAGGCAGGCCCAUCACCAGACCCAGGGGCAGACUGCCAGCCAACUGGGCUCAGAGAGCAGGGGUCCAACAGAACCAGGCUGAGCCAGUCAAGAUCCCAAAGAAGAGAGGACCCAAACCAGGCAGCAAGAGGAAACCGCGUGUGGCCUCCAACCCCGUCCCCACAUCGCCCACCAGCAGCACACCAGAACCAGACACCAGCUCUGUGCCUCUGGACAAUGCCACCAUACCUAGCGCCGCCCUGCAGGCUCCCACAGUGUGCGUGUACCUGAAUAAGUACGGGAAAGUGGGCCCGCACCUGGACUCCCGGCGGCUACAGCAGCUGCCCGAUCACUUCGGGCCGGGCCGAGCCUCCUCGGUUCUGCAGCAGUGUGUCCAGGCCUGCGUGGACUGCGCCCAUAACCAGAGCACGGUUUUCUCCUGUCUCAAACCUGGCCACGGAGGAGAGGUCAUCUCAGCCUAUUUUGAUCAGCAGCAUCACACUCUGACCCUGCCCGCAGUGAACAGCGUGACCUACGUCCUACGCUUUCUGGAAAAACUCUGUCACAACCUACACUGUGACCCGCUGUUCGGCAGCCAGCCCGUCCCCAUCGGAGGACUGCACUAUGACAGCCACGCCUACCCAGAGAGGAGGAACUUUGCAGACGGUCUGACCACAGUUGCUGGUCGAGUCACUAAGAGAUACCUGCAGGACUCUUAUAGCAGCAGUCCUCUCCCUCAUAAAGUGGCCAAAACCCAGCGCCUCUCCACUGAGGCUAAACCCUUUCUGAUGGAGAACGGCGUGUCAGGAUCAGAGCACCUGGAAAAAAGUUCAGCCUCCCCCAGCCCCUCUGGACGGCCGCUGGGUCUACGCUCCCUCUCUCAGGGCAGCAGCCCCCCGGCCAAACUGCACCGCGUGAGCUCCGGAGGUUCAGAGCGGUUCCUGGGGUCCAGGGAGAGUCCGCGGCCCAGCGGACAGGACCCUAACCUGUGGACGGUGGAGGACGUGAUGCAGUUUAUCAGAGACAUCGACCCCCAGCUGGGCCCACACGCGGACCUCUUCCGUAAGCAUGAGAUUGAUGGGAAAGCCCUCCUAUUACUGCGCAGCGACAUGAUGAUGAAAUACAUGGGCCUGAAGCUUGGACCCGCCCUCAAACUCACCUUUCACAUUGACAGACUCAAGCAGGGCCGCUGA